CCCCUGUUCUCCCUGGGGCAUAUCAGCAAAGCCAGUCCCAAGGAUAUGGAUACAUGCACCAGACCAGUAUGUCAUCCAUGAGGUCCAUGCAUUCACAGCCUCAUUCAGCAGGUCUGAGAACAUACAGAGCUAUGUAUGACUACAGUGCUCAAGAUGAAGAUGAAGUUUCCUUCAGGGAUGGUGAUUAUAUCAUCAAUGUGCAACCAAUUGAUGAUGGCUGGAUGUAUGGUACUGUUCAGAGAACUGGGAAAACAGGAAUGCUUCCAGCAAAUUAUAUUGAGUUUGUUAACUAA